GAGAGAAGCUCAUGCAUAGCAUCAUCACAAGAACGAGGAAGAAGAUGCAUAGCAGAAUGUUUUUUUUUUUCUGACUUCAUUUUAAAGACUCUCUAGAAACCAAAUCUGAGAAAGAAAAGAGGAAACAGGAUGGAUCUGCCUGCGGUUGAAGUUCUUCACUACAAAGAUGCUGAACAUUCCUCCGCCCUGCUUCUGCAGCUGAACAAACUGAGGGAGGAGAACAUCCUGACUGACGUCGUCCUGCGCGCUGGUAUGACUGAAAUCCCCUGCCACCGUAACGUUCUGGUGUCCAGCAGCCCCUACUUCAGAGCCAUGUUCUGCAACAACUUCAUGGAAACACAGCAAAGCAAGGUUGAGAUGAAAGGAGUUAAACCUGCCAUUCUAAGCAGCAUUGUUGACUACGUUUACACUGGACUCAUUAGCAUUGACCUGGAGAAUGUGCUCCAUAUAAUGCAGGCGGCAUCCAUGUUGCAAUAUGGCCGCCUAUUUGAGGCAUGCUCAGAUUUCCUUCAGGCACAACUGAGACCAGACAACUGCUUAAGUAUGAUCAGACUCUCAGAGAUGAUGAACUGUGAAAGUUUAAGGAAAAAAGCAAAGGAAAUGGCCAUGAAACGUUUCAGUGACGUGUCCUUGUCUGAGGAUCUGUGUGAGCUUUCUUUAGAGGAACUAACUUGGUACCUGAAUGAUGACAGCAUUUGUGCUGACGAGGAGCAAGUAUUUGAGACACUUGUUGCAUGGAUCCACCAUGAUCCUGUCUCAAGGCGCGGGACCAUCAGCAGCCUUUUUAAAAAGGUUCGUCUUCGACAUUUACACCCUACUUACCUCUUCCAGUUCAUUGCAAAUGACCCCCUGAUUCAGUCAUCUACUCUCUGCACUGAGAUCAUUGAAUCUGUAAGGCGGCUCAUGUUUUCAAUUGGGACAAAAAGCAUCAGAGACUUUGUGGUUGACUUUAAACCUCUCUGGGCUGCACCACAGCGCUGCAGUUAUGAUGAUACCUUAGUGGUUGUGGGAGGAAGGAGAAACAAUGAACAAACUUCAAGGGAGGCCUUGGUCUUUGAUGAAAAGAACCAAAAAUGGCAGCAUCUUGCCAAGCUCCCUGUUCGUCUUCACAAAGCUUCCUAUGUAGCCCUUCACAGCAUACUUUAUGUUGUUGGAGGCUUGACCACAAACUGUAGCCAAGUCAGCCGGACGGUCUACACCCUCUCUCUUAAGACCAACCAGUGGAGGACAGCAGAGCCCAUGCUGGAGCCUCGCUUUGCCCACCAGAGUGUUUCCUACCUGCACUACAUCUUUGUCCUGGGAGGCCUUGGAUCUGAUAGACAGCUGGCAGCUAGUGUGGAAAGGUUCAACAGUAUGUUCAACCAAUGGGAAGCAGUGUCACCAAUGCCAGAGGCUGUGUUGCACCCUGCAGUUGCUGCAACCAACCACAGAAUCUACAUGUUUGGAGGGCAGGAUGCUACACAUAGCCCAGUCAGACUGAUACAGGUGUAUCAUAUUGGCAGGAACAUGUGGUCUAAGAUGGAAAACAGAACAGUGAAGAAUGUGUCUGCUCCUGCUGUUGUCCUGCAUAACAAAAUCUACAUCAUUGGAGGAUACACCAGGAGAGUGAUCGCCUAUGACACUGAAGCCAACGACUUCAUUAAGUGUGCCAACCUGAAGGAGCGAAGGAUGCACCACGCUGCCACCUGCCUCAACAACAAGCUCUACAUCACAGGUGGUCGUUACGUCAGCGGCCAUGAUGUCAUAGAGGACUUGGACACUUUGGAGUGCUAUGACCCAAAGACAGAUGCUUGGACAUGUAAAGGGACCUUGCCAUAUAAACUUUUCGAUCACGGCUCCCUGACUCUGACCUGUGCUGCACAGAAUUGGAAGAAAUCAUAAUGAAAAUCAAAGAACAUGUGAAACAUGCUUACACUUUUUGAACUUUUUAUUUAAAGAUUGUUUAUAGAAUCUGAUAGCUUAAUUUACACUUAAAAA